AUGUAUGCAUUUAGUGAGGGACUGUCUUACAACCAAACGAGGAAGGAGCUAGCCUGUGAUGAUGGCCUAGUAGUUUCUGACAGAACUGUGGCUGACUGGUUCAGUUAUUGCCGGGAAACAAUUUCCAUUUUUGAACUGGAAAAUCAAAAGGCCCAAGGGAAGAUAGGUGGCCCUAAUAAAGUGGUUCAAAUAGAUGAAUCUAAAUUUGGUAAAAGGAAGUUUAACCGUGGGAGACAUAUUGAAGGACAUUGGGUUAUUGGCAUGAUUGAAGAUGGCAAUGACGAUCUGCGGCUUAAGGAUGUUUCAAUGCCUCGACCAACUGAAGGUAAUAAUGUUCAUCAAGAAACUGGAAAUAAUGAUAAUGAUGCCAGCCUACCAUCCACUUCAAGAUCAGAGCAGAAUCUUCAGUUGCCUGAUGAAGAGAAUUCUACUGCAAUGUCUAAUAGAUCCGAGGCUUUUGUGUCUUCUGAUGACGAACCACUAUCUACCAGUGCGCGCAGUACAAUUACACAGAGCACGAGUGCUUUGUCAACUGAAGCUUUGGAUAGUGGAUUACAAACUGGAUCCCAAAAAAGAAAACGUAAAGAAAAUCAAUCUUUAACCGAAUAUCAGCGUCGAAUGAUCCAAAUCGAAGAAGAUAAAAUUAAAGCGUUUAAGGAGAAAGAAAAAGAAGUUGAUGAUGAAGAUUUACUAUUUUUGAAAUCGCUAGCUCCAUAUUUUAAAUAUAUGAAUCCAGUGCAAAAAUUAAGAUUAAAAAGUAAACUACAGAAUACAAUAGCAGACGAAAUUUCUCUAGCUAUGCCAUCACCCCUUUCAAACUCUUCAUCUACUAUGUCAAUGUCAAUCAUACCUUCACCUGUGCAUGCAUCGUCACAUCCAUCCAUGGCACCACCGACAAACACACAACAAUUCUACGAAUCAUUUAAUGCUGAAUAUGAUUCUUGA